CUAAAUUCUGAAUCUUUCACGUAAUUCAUUGCAAAUCUAAAAAACAAGCUAGCUAAAAUGGCAUCUACAAAACCUUGCAAGAACAAGGUUCAAGACAAGGUUGCUAUCGUCACGGGAGGUGCCAGUGGCAUAGGCGAGGCCACCGUGCUUGCCUUUGCUGAAAAUGGCGCACGAGCAGUCGUGAUCGCAGAUAUUCAAGAUGAAAAGGGCCAAAAGCUUGCAGAAUCCAUCGGAACUAACAGAUCCACUUACAUCCACUGUGAUGUAGCUGAUGAAAACCAAGUCAAAUCCCUUGUGGAAUCCACUGUUCAACUUUUUGGUCACCUUGACGUAAUAUUCUGCAAUGCCGGCAUUGCAAGCUUUGGUGAGCAAAAUGUUCUUGACUUCGACCUGGACUUGUGCGACAAACUCUUUGCAGUAAACGUGCGUGGCACAGCAGCAUGCCUAAAGCACGCGGCGCGUGCCAUGGUGGACGGAGGUGUAAAGGGCAGCGUCAUUUGCACAUCAAGCGCCGCUGCGAAUAUGGCAGGGGACAGGUUCACAGAUUAUAUCAUGUCCAAGAGCGGGGUUUUGGCACUGAUGAAAUGUGCAAGUUAUCAGUUGGGCGAGCAUGGGAUAAGAGUCAACUGUGUGUCGCCAGGACUGGUGGCAACACCUCUAACAUGCAAGACACUCGAAAUGGGAGUAGAGGAGGUGGAGAACGCUUUUCAGUCGUGUUAUUACUUGAAAGGAGUGUUGAAAGCGAAGCACAUAGCUGACGCAGUGCUGUUUCUUGCUUCUGACGAUUCUGAGUUUGUGACUGGCCAGAAUUUGAUCGUCGAUGGUGGGUUUAUUUUUCAAGGUAUUCCCAAAUAAAAUGAUCCGGGGAAGGAUGGUGUCGGAUUUAGUUCUUCAUUAAUAAUGAUUUUGCAUAUGCUUAAUAUUGCAAAUAUCUUGUGUCCUGUCUUUGUACACUCUCAUCGGUUCCUGAAAUUGUGGAAGCAGUUAGCAGUUAGCAGUUAAAGAUAAUUUCGUGUAUAAUUACAAGUUAAAGACCUGAUAUGUAUAUCCUGCUGCUGAUAAAAUAUUUAUCCUAGAAGGAUUGUAACACUGCUGCUGAUAAAAUAUUUUCCUGAAAUUGUGCUAGAA